UCGAAGUCGAAGUCUCGCUCGCUCCCUCGCCCGUACGCAGUAGAGAUCGCUCGUCGCGUUCAAAGCGUGCGUUCGACUUUCGGGCGGCGACGUACGUUAGUAGCGUGUGUUCAUUAUUGAUGCAAAAGUUCCACGAUGGUAGAUCAUAACGAGAAAUUGUUACAGGAGUUGCUUAAGAAAAGUGGAAAUAAUGUUUGUGCCGAUUGUGGAAGCGAAGACCCGGACUGGGCGUCGUACAACUUGGGCAUUUUCAUCUGCAUGCGAUGUGCCAGUAUCCACCGCAGUAUGGGGGCGCACAUCAGUAAAGUAAAGCAUCUUGAACUCGACCGUUGGGAAGAUUCACAGGUGCAGCGUAUGAAGGAAGUAGGAAACACAGCCGCAAAGAACAAAUACGAAGAGAGAGUCCCACCCUGUUAUCGACGACCUACGAAGAAUGACCCACAGGUAUUAAUCGAGCAAUGGAUACGUGCUAAAUACGAGCGGGAAGAAUUCUGUCAUCCUGAGCGGCAGAACUAUCUGUCAGGCUACAUGGAGGGAUUCCUGAUGAAGCGGGGCAAAGAGGACAGCCGCUACCAGAGAAGGAAGUUUGUUUUAAAUGAAAACGAGGAUACUUUAAAGUACCAUGUUAAAGAGAACAAAGAACCUAAGGGUGUGCUCAGAUUGUCGGAGUUAAACGUCGCUUUUGCACCAGCCAAGAUCGGCCAUAUGAACUCCAUGCAGCUGACCUUCAUGAAAGACGGCUCAACGAGGCAUAUCUACGUGUAUCAUGAGGACCCUGAAGUUAUUAACUAUUGGUACAUGGCUAUCCGUUGUGCUAAACUGCACCUACUUCAAGUUGCGUUCCCAUCAACGCCCCAAUCCGACCUCGUCCUGCGGCUACCAAAAGACUUCGCCCGGGAAGGCUGGCUGUGGAAGACGGGACCUCGGUCAUCUGACGUGCACCGACGCCGGUGGUUCACCUUGGACAACAGAAAACUGAUGUACCACGAUGAACCGCUCGAUGCUUACCCUAAAGGAGAGAUAUUUAUUGGUCACGAAUCCAAUGGUUACUGCAUCAAAGUAUCCAACACGGGCAACGGUUGCAAAGAGGCUCGCUUCCCCUUCCACGUGGUGACUCCCGAGCGCACGUACUCUCUGGCCGCCACCACGCACGAGGACCGCGCCUGCUGGCUCGCCGUCAUACAGCAGACCAUCAAGAGACCGCUCACUCCUCAGGACUCCACCAUCGAAGCUACCCUCGUUCGUAAAAGAACGUCAUCGAAUUCCAUCAGCAUAUUCUCUGGGAGGUAGUUCUGAGGAACCGAUGUAUUUAAGCUCCGGAAUGGUUGUUCCUUAUUCUGUAUACAACGCCUCACAACAUCAUCGAAUCUUUUCGAAUGCAUAAACAGUACUAA